AUGUCGGUCAGUGUGAACACCAGCUCCAAACUGAUCAAACAGUUCGUCCAGUACAGUGUCAAAGGCAAUGAUCUCUUUGAUCUCCAAGCGAUGGCCACCCUGAACUUGGCCACCCAUGAAGAUGUCAACGAAUCCGGGAUGAUCUCGUUCUUCUACAAGGAUGAUAUAGAACAGCUGAAGAAACCCUGGGUACAAGAGCCUCACUUCAUACCAUUAGUUCUUGUUUACGGAUUCUUCUUUAUUAUGGGAAUCACCGGGAACAGCCUAGUGAUCGCAGUCAUGUGCCUGGGGCGGGCUGGACCGUGCGUCACCUUUCCCUGUCUGGUCAGCAUGGCUUGUGCCGACGUCCUGUUUCUCCUGGUUUGUGUACCUCACGAGGUGGUCAUUCAUUUCAUCAGCCAUUGGACCUUGUCUGACUUUCUGUGCAAGAUGUCAGGGUUUGUGGAGAAUCUCUCAGCCAACGCCACCGUUUUGAACCUCAUCUUAAUCAGUGUAGAGAG